AUGGCGAGAACCGUUACUACUCAGACUCUUUCGGGGAGGGCCAGAUUAGUAGGGGUUGCGAAAGUUCGAGACACCGAUUUUCCUCGUGCGCCAGAUCAUGUCACAGAUGCUGCACGGGCCAAGGCCAUCGACAUAAGCAACCCAUGGAGGUUUGGAUUUGGCGAUCCUGAGCGUGGAGGCGAGAGCCCAGAGAGACCUAAAACCUCUGCGGGCCCGACGGCUCAUUCUUCAGUUAGGAAGGACGCCGAGAAGAGGGAGACAAAGGACGAUCUUUAUUUCAAUGCUCUCUCUGCUCAUGGCACAGCGACGACCUUCUAUAAUUUCCCCCUCCCAGGAUCUCUGCCAGCGUCAGAUCCCCCUCCCAGGGAGCUUCCAUUAUUACCACCCCGAAGUACUUCUCUAGGACGUCGAACACCUCCUACCAGAGGUCCAUCGCCCAACCCCAACUUAGUUCAGGCAGCACCACCAGAUAUCCCAGAUUCCAAGAUGGAGAUCGGAAUGGCUUUGGGAAGCCCCUCGCACCAACCUACGGAUUGGCAUCCACAACAUACGACCGAGUCAAUCGAGCGGAUGGUAUCUCCCGAUGUGAUGGAUGAUUCCAUGGGCGGUCUAGUCGCUCCGGUAAAGCCAAAGGCGAGUAAAUGGAAAUUUUUAGGAGGAUUGUUUGGAGGCAAGAAGCACGCUGAGGCUCAUCCACAACCAUUCUACCAACUCCAGCCCGAGAAUGGACAGGAGUACACAGCAACGGUAACCACCGGGGCAGAAGUCCACCUUCCCGCUCCUAAAAACGAAGAUCCAUCAAGUGAGAAGCGUCCGAAGUCUCGUGGCCGCACACGGACCAUAUCUACGCGGAAAGCAAAGACUCCCAAGCCAGAUAUCAAGAGAGCCAACACCAUGCCCAAUCGUGUGGAUGCUCAAGAAAAUUGGCAACGCGGGACUCCGACCCCAGAGAUUACACUAGAUGGUCACUCGAUAGAAAGCCACCAAUCUAGCAAGAAUUAUACAGGUCAAAUGCUAGAUGUCGAUAUUCCCACUACGCAAAUGGAGCGAUACAGCGUCAUGUUUGGAAGCGUGCUCCAAAAGUCUGCUAAUACAUCGCCGUCGUUACUCGCAAGGCGGCAGGCUACACUUGACAAACUCAAAACCGUCAAUGAAGCUCUUGCUUUGAAGGAGAAAGAAUUACAUGACAAGGAGAGGCAGUUCAUGCCCCGAAGAGCGACCUCGCCCCAACCUAGUAAAAGCCCAGGCUUUUCUCUAUUUCCUACUACGCCAUCUUUACAUGUACCUAGGGAUUCCUCGCCGUCAAGAACUCGCCAAACUACCCUUCAACGCUCAAAUACUUCCCCAGCUGCACUCUCGCCAUCUCGGCCUUCAUUCGCGCCUAGCUCAGAUAAUAAAGCCCACGCUACUCUGGUCUCUAUGCCCUCUGGCCCCAAGGCUAACCUUGGGUAUCGCCAAAAUGGUACCAAGCCAAACAACAGCCCGGAAAAACAAGGAGGAUCGAGCCAGAAUACCAGCCACUCAUUAGCCGUGCCAAAGCUGAAGGAAGUUGAUCGUAGCUGGUCUCCGGACCACUCACACCUAGUCCUAGACUCGCCUGGAAGUGAUAUAUACGGUGAUACAGAAGAUGAAUUUACACUAAGCCCAGCACCGGUGAGGUCUUAUGACCCCGCGCCCAUGAAGCCCAAGCUAGUGGAACCAGCAUGGGAGAUCAUCAACAAGCCCAGCGAGCAUCAACAAGCACCACCAACAACCGCGUCCUCUGCAUCAGGCUCUGAUCAUUCGACUUCAGCCUCAACCUCAUCCACUUCUGCGUCAAGCGUCUCCACAGCUGAAACCUCUCACCUGGUAUCUUCUAUCGACAAGCCAAGUACACCCCCACAUCCCACCGCAAGCAACAGUCGCGUUAAGGCAGCGCAAUCCCGAUCCCGCAGCAAGAGCAGUCCUUCACAGACAUCAAUUGCAUCCAUUGCUUCUAACGCAGUUGAAGAACGUCUCAGAACUGCAGCAGACAUCUCCAUCGCCCGUCAAAUAUCGGUCUCUAGACAACAAUGCCAACUGCUAGUCCCAAUCAACAAGUCCAAAACUUCAUCUAACAAUAACCCGAACAAAAAGUUCAACCAGAACUUCCCCAGUCCUGCUGCGAGCGUCAACAAAAUGGCGAGCCCACUCUGUGCCGUUGCAGUCGCCGCCUCAGAGGAGCGAGGUCGGGAAGGCAAGGGAGCCGACGACAGAGCUACCAGUCCACUGGUCGAUCAAAAAGUAAACCUCGUCGAUUCCGUGAAGCCCAGCACACCAACCUUGGUUGUUGUGCCUGGACCGGACAGAAACGAGAUGACGAAAGCAUGGGGCGGGGCGACUGCCGUGCAUGGCGCACCUGUCGGGCUUGCUGAGCGGAGGAAGGCUAAGGGCGCCCCCAUAAUGGGAGAGAUAAAAGUUGGGUUGGCGGUUAGUAGGACACGAGCCGAUACGCACACGACGCAGACGAAGGAGCGCCACCGGAAGAGUGAGAGAGCCGUAGUAGAGAGGGUGAGUAUUGCCUCGAAUUAG